GGCAACUGUGCCUUCGAAGGCAGCUCAUUCACCACGGCUUUCCGAUUACUACGCAACACAGGCCUGGCUGUAAGCGUCGGCCUGACUGCCCUCGCUCUUUUACAGGGCGUCCGAGACGCCAUGGCCGAUGAACCUUCGAGUGACAGAAGUAGACACUUAGAUGCUUUAGGGCCGAGAGAUGUUGUAUAUUGCCAUCAAUGUUCUCAUGAAUGGUAUCAAGAUGAGCACGGCCUGACGUGCCUAAGAUGCGAGAGCGAUAUUACAGAAAUUGUCAGUCUUGAGAGCGAUCCAAGACCAGGCCAUGAUGAAGCACCCGAGACUCCUCCAGACUUCCGCGACCUCCAUGGGCAUGACCCGUGGCAACGUAAUAGUACCGAUUCAGACCCGGAGGAGGCAGAUAUUGAGGAGCAUGUCCAGCAUGGCCCUGGAGGCUCUGUCUUCGUCUCGCAGACUAUACGAAGCUCCAGACCGCCGCGGAUUGCUUUCGGAACCCGGCCCAGUCGGAGAAAUGCACACCCACAAGAUGGACCCGAUCCUGUUAUAGCAGACUUCCAAAAUAUGGUCAACAGUAUGAUGGGUCCAACCGUACGACAGGGCCAAACUGGUAGAUCGGGGGCUGAUACAUUAUUUUCUCAAGGUCAAUUUGGUGGCAAUACGUUUCAAACAGCUCGUGGUCCAAAUGUUGUUGGUGGACGUUUUACAUUCCACUCUGGACCUAUUGGACCGAGAGAUGCAGAUGGUCCACAGCCUGGAGGUCCACCAGUAGAAGAUAUAGCUACGUACGCUCCAACCCCAAACUCUCCUAACGGCGGGUCCUUGUUUCUUGUUAGUCUUAGAGCCCCCCCUGACCAGCUUCCCAGGCUCAUUGGAAAUCUCUUCGGUGCUAUGGGAGAACCCGCCGGACAUGAACACGACCAUCGAAGCCCCGGUAUGCCCCCAAACCCACUACAAGGUCUAUUUGCAUCACUACUCAACCCAGCAAAUGCCCGUUAUGGAGAUGCAGUAUAUAGCCAAGAAGCCCUUGAUGAGAUCAUAUCAACACUAAUGGAGCAACACCCUACCUCAAACGCACCCGGACCGGCAUCCCCGGAUGCAAUCUCCUCCCUCCCAAAGAAGAAGAUAGACGAGAAAAUGCUUGGCCCAGAAGGUAAAGCGGAAUGCAGCGUCUGCAUGGACGAUGUAGUUCUCGACGAAGAAGUCGUAAUGCUACCCUGUUCACAUUGGUUUCACGAGCAAUGUGCCUCUAUGUGGCUCUCGGAACACAACACCUGCCCCAUUUGUCGCAAAGGCAUCGAAGGUGAAGCCACUCCAGCCUCCAGCAGCCGCCGUUCCAGCAACAGCCGCCCUGCAUCAAGAAGUGAACGCCGCUUGAGCCGAAUCGGCCUCGUUCGGCCAAGAAUGAGCCGUGAUAAUACCUCAGGCAGCAGAAAUGAAGCUAGGUUAGAUGCCAUACGCCAAAGCGGCCGCCUUUCCCCUACUGAAGAGACUCAAGGUUCAACGACGACGCCGACUGGCUCGACUAGACGCUGGCAGAUUGUGGGUGAUGGCAGUAGUCCUCUAUUAUCGCGGCCCAGAGAAAGAAGCAAUGAUUCUGAUCCGUCGAGAGAUAUGCCGGGUAGCUUCUCGAGCUUUACGCGGCAUAGGGAGAGGCAAGAUGCUAGAAGGGAGAGUACCGGAAGGGGCAGUGGUCGGGGUAAUACGAGUGGCAGUGAUCAUUCUCGAAGCUCGAGACGGAGUUCACGAUCUGGAGAUAGUUCCGGGAAUGGACCGAUGAAUUGGCUCAGAGAUCGCUUUGGCAGUGGGAGAAGUCACGAUUAG